AUGUUGCUUUUGUCUUUUUUACACGGUUUUAUUUCUGAAGAGGAAUUUGGAGUUUUACACGAAGUAUUGCAGACCAAGAAUCCAAUUUUUCCGCAUAGUGAUUACGAAAGGUUUACUUUACACACUCUCGAGGAAAGUGAAAUCUUUGCAGAGUUUAGAGUACGAAAACGGGAUAUUGAACGCUUAGCCGAUGUUCUGGGGCUUCCAGAGUCAUUCGUCUGUCACCAGAGGACAAGAGCCGAUAAGAUUGAAGGACUCUGUAUGGUGCUCAAACGUCUGGCGUACCCGUGCAGGUACAGUGGUCUAAUACACCGGUUUGGGCGAGCUGUGCCAGAACUAUCUAUGAUCACAAACGCGGUGAAAGAAUUCAUUUACCAAAACCACCAUCACAGAUUAACACAGUGGAAUGCUACUCUUCUAAGCCCGCGGAAACUUCAGCAGUAUGUUGAUGCAGUGGCAGUGAAAGGUUAUCCAUUGAAAAACUGCUUCGGAUUCAUGGAUGGCACCGUAAGACCAAUAUCAAGACCGGGUGAAAACCAAAAAAUAGUGUACAAUGGGCACAAGAGGCUCCAUACCCUAAAGUUUCAGUCCGUUACGCUGCCGGAUGGGCUAAUUGCGCAUCUUUUUGGACCUGUUGGUAAGUAA